AUGCCUAUCGAAUCCGCCCAUCCGCCCAUCUCUAUCCCUCCAGUCGAUGUCUGGACGUUUCUCUUUGAUCGCUCAGACCGAGAGUUCCCCGAGAAUCAUGUCGUCUAUGUCGAUGUUUCUGCUCAGAAGCAACAUACGCUGCGAGAUGUUCAGGACGCUGCCCUCCGCUUCGGGCAAGGCAUCCAAAGACAAUGGAAUUGGCGGAAAGGCGACGUAAUGGCUGUCUUUACUCCCAACAGCGCAGAGGUCGCUCCCGUUACCUUUGGCACUCUCUGGGCCGGUGGCGUUUCUUGCCCGCUCAACAACCUCUACACUGUCGGCGAACUCGUGUCACAGCUGAGGUCGUCCCAGGCCAAGGCAUUGACAACACACGUCGCAUGCCUCGAAGUCGCCCGCGAGGCUGCGUUGCUUGUCGGCUUACCCCUGGACCGGAUCAUCCUGGUUGGUCCGCGAGAUCCCAAGAGUCGAUUUCAACACUUUUCGGACAUCAAAGACUCUUCUUCGACGGUCGCAGAGAAAGUCUCAAUCGACCCAAAAGAAGAUCUGGCUUUCCUGGUGUACUCCUCCGGCACAACAGGACUGCCCAAGGGCGUCAUGCUGACACACGAGAACAUUGUGACGAAUCUCCUGCAGGGAAUUGUCAUGGACGUGAAUCGGACACACUGGAGUCGGGAUAGAACUAUUGGCUUCCUUCCCCUGUACCACAUCUACGGUCUCGCAGUUCUUCUUCUCAGCCCAGUUAAUCGAGGGAUAAGAGUCUACAUCAUGCAGAGAUUCGAGUUGGAGCCAUUCUGUCGUCUCGUCCAAGAGGAAAACAUCACAAUGGCUUACGUCGUGCCACCGGUCGUCCUGCUUCUCGCCAAGCACCCGCUCAUUGCGAAAUACAACUUGGGGUCGUUGCGAAUGAUGCACUCAUCUGCAGCUCCUUUGACGAAUGAUUUGGUGGAGAUGGUCUACAAGCGGCUGAAAGUGCCCAUCAAACAAGGAUAUGGGUUGUCAGAGGCAUCCCCGGGUGUCGCUUCGCAGUCCUGGGACCAAUGGAACACGACAGUAGGCUCAGCGGGCACUCUCCUCCCAUCCAUAUCCCUCAAAUGCAUGGACGACGGCAAGGAAGUCGCCCUGGGGGAGACGGGCGAGAUCUGGAUCAAAGGUCCCAACAUCUGUAAAGGAUACUACAACAACCCCAAAGCGACCGCCGAUUCCAUCACUCCCGAUGGCUGGUACCGCACCGGUGACGUCGGAUACAUCGACAAGGACCACAACAUCUACAUCACCGACCGCGUCAAGGAGCUCAUCAAGUACAACGGGUUUCAGGUCGCGCCGGCACAGCUGGAGGGUUUGCUGCUGGCGCAUCCGGCCGUCAACGACGUCGCCGUCAUCGGCGUGUACAGUCCCGAGAGAGCGACCGAGUUGGCCCGAGCGUACGUCGUGCCGGCCAAGGGAUUCAGCAGUGGGCCAGAGCUGGAGAAGGAGAUUUGUGACUGGUUGCACCAGAAAGUGGCGCCGCAUAAGCGGUUGAGGGGUGGCAUCAGGUUUGUCGAUGCGAUUCCAAAGAGCAAUGCCGGCAAGGUGCUCCGGAGGGUGCUGGCUGAGCAAGCAAAGAAGGAGAUGGCAAGACUGUGA